GCAUCGCGCGCCUCGUCCGCGUUGCACGCGCGCACCCUUGCGCGCCCCCUAUCCGCGCUGUCAGCUUCCUGCGCGUGCGCCCCCUCGCGUGCCUCACCCAAUCCUGCUCCGCCUAGGACACCUUCCGCGUCAUCCCACUCGCGCACCGUCGCGCACGCCCUUCCUUCGCCGAUCUCCUCGCGCGCGUUGUGUCGCGCGCCCGCGUAUUCGCUGUAUUCGUGCGCUAUCGCGCGCAUCUCGCCACUGCCAACCUUCUCGCGCGCGUCCUCGCCACCAUCCGUGGCCCGCUCGCCUACCUCGCGCCCAUCCGCAUCCGACACCUCGCGUUCGCCUGUCGCGUGUCCAGCGUGCGUCGCGUCUUCGCCGCCUGACGCCCGCACAUCACUGCCAGCUCCCUUGGCCCGUUCGUCC